UAACAGUCCACUAAGUCUCUAGAUUCCUCAUUUUUGUGCGUUCAUUUCAGAUUGCUCUCAACUUUUGUAGUACAUCUUUGGGAAUACAUAGGGAAGCCAUUAAACAAAGAAAUAGAGAAGUAUUAAACUUUUUCAUAGGAAAAUAACGCAAGAACGAAUAAUAUAUAAUUAAACGUGUGACAUUGCUCUUAAACAUACAGUGAAAAUUUUAUAAAAACUGUGUUUGAUAAAAUUUUAAGAGAUAAAAUUUAUUCAAAGAAACUUCAAUGUAUUCACCUGGGCAUCACUGUUAAAGCAUUAUCUCAACAUCGUGGCAUGAUUUCGCGGUGCAUAAAAGAUCCGAAGGAAGUAUAUUAAAGAUAAAUUGCUUUCUACUUGUAAUAAAUAAUGACAGAAUAUUUUGAUUUACCACUUAAUAUGGACAGAAUAUGUAGAAUUUGCCUUACAGAAGGUACUAAUUUAUCGCCUAUUUUUUGUACGGAUCAAGAAGUGAAUGAUUUUUCGGCUCUUCCUCAAAAGAUACAAGUUUGUGGAUCAAUAGAAAUUCAUGAACAAGAUGGAUUACCUUCAUUAAUUUGUGAUAUUUGUAUUUAUAAAGCAAGUGUUGCUCAUGAAUUUAGACAACAAUGUCAACAUUCUGAUGCCAAAUUACGAAUGUAUUAUAAUAAACCAUCUAAAAUUACUAUUGUGGAUACAUAUACACAAACUGAAUCUGAGAUAAGAACAUUGUUAUCUAAAGAACAAAUUAAUCAAGAAAAUUAUUUUGUAAAAGAGGAAAUGCAAGUAGCAUCAAAUUCUCAAGAAUAUGUACAAACUAAUGAUUCAUAUUGUAGAGAUGAAUCCAACUUAAGCACCAGUCAAAUUGAUAUGCAAAAUGAGAAACUUUUUAUUUGUUCUAUUGGAUUUGAAGGAGCUAAAGAAAUUGAAAAAGAAUCAGAAAAUAAUAUACAUGAGACAUCUCUUACACAAGAAAUCAACAAUGAUAUUUCUGAAACUAUAAAUAUGCAAAAUAAACCAGAAGAAAAUCAAGAUAUCAAUCAAAAUUCAGAGGAAGAUGAUAGAAAACAAGAAGUGGAAUUUUUUGAUGAAAAUAUAUUAAAUGAUAAUGUUAAAGAAGAAGAAGAAGUUGUGCAGAAACGUACUUCUACUAGAAAAGUAAAAUCAGUGCCUAAUAAAACUUAUAGUGAAGAUGAAAUUCAUGAUAAUUAUUAUGACUCAAGUAAUGAUGGUGAAGAUUCUGGAGAAUUAAAAUUUAAAUGUAAAGUAUGUGCAAAAUGUUAUAGCACACAAAGAGGUUUAAAAAAACAUUCCCUUGUUCAUGAAAAGAAACAUAAAUGCAAUAUUUGUUCAAAAAUGUUUUAUAGAUUGGAGAAUAUGGAAAAUCAUAAAAAAAUACAUGCAUCAAAACCACUUGCAUGUCAAUUAUGUCAUGCAUGCUUUUCUAAACCUCAAAGUCUUGUACGUCACCUAAAAUCUCAUACAGAAAAAGUAAAUAAUAUGAUUAAACAAAUUAGUACAGAUGAACAAAAAGACAACAAGGAACCAAAAAAAGAAAUGAAAUUUGAAGAUGAUACAGAUGAUGAAAAUGGUACUGUAAAUGAAGUUUAUGAUUUUGAAAAUGCACCUGAGUUGUACAAAUGUGAAAUUUGUAGCCAAUAUUGUUCUUCAUUAAAAAAUCUGAAAAGGCAUAGUCUUGUACAUGGAGAUAAAAAAUAUUCCUGUACUGUAUGUAAAAAAUGGUUUUUUAGGCCCGAUACAUUAAAAAAACAUGCAGAAAAACAUGGUCAUGGAUUAUUAGAUAAUUUAGUAGAUGAUAAUAAAUUUUUUGAUUCUGAUGAUGAUUCUUUCCCAAGUACUACUCAAAAUACUUUACAAGAAAAUGAAAAUGUUAAAAAAGAAGAAAGUGAUGAAGAUGAUUCUGGUGAAUAUAAAUGUCAACAUUGUGAUAAAAUUAUGGCAACAAAAAAAGGUCUUAGACGUCAUGUAUCAAUGCAUAAACCAAAAGCUGAACCAGUUACUUGUGAAAUCUGUGGAAAGGUAUGUGCUAGUCAAGCUCGUCUUGUUCUUCAUCAAAGGACACAUAAACCAAAAGAGAAGGUUCCAAGAGAAUAUUUGUGUCACAUUUGUAGUAAGGUGUAUCCAAGUAAUUCUUCUUUAACGUAUCAUAUGAGAACUCAUACUGGUAUUAAACCACAUGUGUGUAAAACUUGUAAUAGUGGAUUUACUACAACAACCAGUUUAGCAAAUCAUAUUAGAAUUCAUACAGGUGAUAAACCAUUUGUUUGUCAUGUAUGCAGUGCUGCAUUUGCUGUGAGUUCAGCUUUUAGACGACACUUGACUCGACAUACUGGAGAAGCAAAUUAUUUGUGUAAAACAUGUGGCAAAGCAUUCAAAAGACUAAGUACUUUAAAAGAACAUACUUAUACUCAUUCUGGUGAAAAACCAUAUGUGUGUAAAACUUGUGGAGCUGCUUAUAGCCAUAGUGGUAGUUUGUUUGCACAUCAGAAACGUUGUCGAGCUCAAUAUGGAGAGAUGGUUGUAGAUGAACAUCAUCAUACAGUUGCUCACCAUAUUCAUGUAAAUAAUGUGCAAUCCGCAGUACGAUCACUUGCUGUGAUAGGACAAAUGUUUUAAUAAAUAAGUUUCAUUAUAUCAAAAAAACAA